AUGAAUUUAAGUUCGUUGCGUACGUACAUUGGUGGUUCAUUUUUCAGAUUAUUUGGAAUAUUCUCAUAUUUGCCUGCAACGAGACCAGCAGAUAACAUUAUGGAUCUAUCUCCCGCUGAAACCAAUGCUUUGGGAGUGGUUAGAACUAAAGUUGGUUAUACUGGUGGAAAAACAAAGUUUCCAACGUAUCACAAUUUAGCUAAUCACACAGAAACUCUUCAGUUGGAAUAUAAUCCAAAAGUGACUGAUUACAGAAAACUGUUGGAUAUAUUCUGGACAAACCAUAACCCAGCUGCAAUCAACAGACCACAGUACAUGUCUGCCAUUUUUUACCAUGACAAUGAACAAAAAGACCUGGCAGAAAAGACCAUGGCAGAACAUCAGAAGACACUUGCUCGAAAAAUACAAACACAGAUUUUACCAGCAGAUGUUUUUUAUGAUGCUGAAGGAUACCAUCAGAAAUAUUUGCUUCGACGUCAUACGACAAUCUUUAAAAGUUUAAAUUUAUCGGAGCAAGAAAUAAUCAAAUCCACAGUCGCUGCAAGAUUGAACGGUUACCUCAAUGGUCAUGGAAGCAUUAAAAGUUUAAUGGAAGAACUUCCAAGUUGGCAAUUGAACGAGAAGCAAAACAAUGCUAUUAUAAGUGUGGCCGAAAAAAAGAAUUGCGCUGGAGGCUAUUGCGGUGUUCGAUAAUUCGAUAGCAUCUAAUCCUGACUUGAAGCUGUUCAAGCUAUUGUUAGUUGCCAUUUUGCUUUGGCGAGGGUAUCUUAAACAAACAUAGUAAUGGGUGUAGUUCGAAAUGCGUCUUAAAACUUGCACCGCGCUAUUUUGAUUCCAUAACUUUUUUAUGGGUUUAUUACCUAAGUAAACAUUUAGUUAAAAAGUGUGUGUACUUAUGUCAAAAUAUGUAAUACUCCUGCUUUGA